UAUUGUAAUUAUAUCAGUCCCUGUGGAGUAACCCAGAUUGAUCCUCUUCUUCUCCUCACCCGCCUUCUCCAUAUCUAUCCUCAUACACAUCCGCAUCAUGGCCAACGAUAGAAAUCAAGAUCCUCAAAUGGUGUCUUUACGCCAACGGCAGUCAUCUCGUGGUUUGUUUUCUCCCGAGGUUGUUGACCUCGUGGUACCUCCAUUGAAAUUUGGUGGUUACGCCGGGACUGCAGGCGUUUUGGCAGGCGUCGGAGGCUCAAUCUUCAAAGAGGCAAAUCCCAUUAUCUGGGGAGCAGUCUCUGGAUUUCAAUGGUUUACUUUGGGAACGAGCUUUUGGUUCACCAGGAGUAUUAUUGUAAAAGCAUGGGGCGGUGAAGAAAGACUCAAAAAUGGCGACAAGACGAUUGCCAGCGCAAUAGCUGGCACAGCAGCUGGUUCGGUUGGUGGCCUGAUCCGAGGACCGAAAAACAUUCUUCCCGCGAUGCUUGUCUGGACAACAGUGGGAGCUGGUGGUCAGAUGAUCGCAAACCGAAUGGCAGCUCGAAAGCCCAAGGUUCAAGAUGAGAACGAAUCGUUCUGGACUCGUUGGACUCCGCUCAAGAAGCUUACGGAUCAGGAGUAUAGGGAUAUGAUGUCAGAAAAGAUGCUCAGGAUAGAUGCUGAUAUUGCGCUUAUUGAUGAUCGCAUCGCUGAAUUGAAAAAGCAGGCCGAAGAUGAAGAACAGUAAGGCUCGUCAACAUAAUAAUACCCACGUUUUAGUUGAUCCAAUCAUCUCUGACUUCGUCGUGAUCCGUUGAAUUCCAUGGUCUGUUCGCUGGCCUGAAAAGACAAUUGGCUAUAAGAAAAGCGGCAUACAAUCUGCUAGCAAGAUGCAGAACAUCCUAAUGAUCGGCUUCCUUGACAAGGUAUGCGGGUAAUUGCUGAGUGAAACCAACGACUAGUCAGCAUUAGCUGGAUUUCCGCUGUUUCAGAGCCUUGACAUGCUAGAUAUCCAAUCAUGGUAGAAGCUGAACUGAGCAUACACAGAGAGUUUUGCGUGUUUG